AUGGAUGUUAUUGCAGGUUCUCUGCUUGCAAAUCACUGGUGUUUGGGUGAUGACAAAGAUUCAGAGCUUUGCACUUCUACAGGUGAGUUUGAGACUGCGCAGGUCUGUGCACACUAGUGUGUGCAGGAUUGCAGAGAUUGGUGUGUGUGAGUGUCUGUGUUCCUCUGCUCAAACCAAAUGGUGAAUGCUAAAUGUUCAUUAUCAAAGAAGAUCAGGGCUGUUUCAUUUCAUCAUCAAGAAUUAAAUUGAGAGUUUACAACCUCAAAUUUCUAAAUAAAAAUUGAUGUGGCAUUAAAAUGUUUUAAAUAAAUAAAACAGAGUAGAACACUUGCAUGCCACUUUCCCUGAAAAGAAAUAAUUAACAGCAGUAUACAAUAAACAAUCAUGGAAAAAAAAAAGUGCUAAAAAGCGAUACAGUAAGACAAAAUAAUGGUGAUAAAGCAAUCUAAUUGUACAUGAUUACUCAAAUGUUCUAUGGUCUGAAGCUCAACAUCAAAAAAACGAAGAUCAUGGCCACUGGUCCCAUCACGUCCUGGCAAAUAGAAGGGGAAGAAAUGGAGGCAGUGAGAGAUUUUACUUUCUUGGGCUCCAUGAUCACUGCAGAUGGUGACAGCAGUCACGAAAUUAAAAGACGCCUGCUCCUUGGGAGAAAGGCGAUGGCAAACCUAGACAGCAUCUUAAAAGCAGAGACAUCACCUUACCAACAAAGGUCCGUAUAGUUAAAGCCAUGGUUUUCCCAGUAGUCAUGUAUGGAAGUGAGAGCUGGACCAUCAAGAAGGCUGAUCGCCGAAGAAUUGAUGCUUUUGAAUUAUGGUGCUGGAGGAGACUCUUGAGAGUCCCAUGGACUGCAAGAAGAUCAAACGUAUCCAUUCUUAAGGAGAUCAGCCCUGAGUGCUCACUGGAAGGACAGAUCGUGAAGCUGAGGCUCCAAUACUUUGGCCACCUCAUGAGAAGAGAAGACUCCUUGGAAAAGACCCUGAUGUUGGGAAAGAUGGAGGGCACAAGGAGAAGGGGAUGACAGAGGACAAGAUGGUUGGACCGUGUUCUCGAAGCUACAAACAUGAGUCUGACCAAACUGCGGGAGGCAGUGGAAGACAGGAGUGCCUGGCGUGCUCUGGUCCAUGGGGUCACGAAGAGUCGGACACGACUAAACGACUAAACAACAACAACUCAAAUGUUCACCCUCCAUUGCAAAAACAUUUUCAUUUACUCUCUGCAUUAAUUUAUGCUCUUUCGUUAUUUCUUCCAUUCAUUCAUUUGUUCGUUCGUUCUCUAGGUGAACUUCCUGUUCCUGGUUUAUUCUGGAAUUCAACUUUGUUUCCUGAAGGGGAAAUUAUCGCAGUACUAUGUGUGGCUCCAUCAGAGGUUGUGCCGACCAGAUAUUUUUUCUGUAAAGAUGGGGCUCCUGUUUCAGCCAAGAAAGCAACAUCUCAAUAUGUUCAAUACAUAGUCUAUGCAUCGCCGAAGAAUGCUGGCCAAUAUUCCUGUGGUUACCAGCAGAAGGAUGCAAAGAACGAAGUGAAGACAUCUGCCCUCAGUGUUGCUCGGAAUCUGAUUCUCCAGUCAGGUAAGGUUGUAGAAAUGAUCAGACUAGGAAGGGACCUGCAAGAGAAUGUUGCAUGAUGGAAUAGUCCUUUUUAGAAUUCCAGCUAGCCAGUCAUGCCAUAUUACAGCACAGUCCAUUUAAUUCCCCACCCAUUUGGUUUCUAUUCUCCUACCACUACAGUUAAUCAUAGCCACAGAGCAUGUUCAGACUUCCCUGGAGCACAUUCAUAUAUUCAUAUAAAUGAAAAUAGGUGCUGUUUUGAACCUAUGCAACCAAUGUUGGAGGAUCUGGCCAAUAGCAUGGAGAUGACAACACUUCUCCAGUGACACUGUUUAAUGGUGUAUUAAAAAUAGGCAUUGCUGUUAGGCAGCUUAUCAAAGAGUGAUGCUUUUGCAACCUGAUAAAAAUAUUCAUGAUUUAUGUGUUUAGCCUCUAGGGAUGGGGCUUAGAUCAGCCUAAGUCCACCCUGUUUCAUUUCUUUUGGCACAUCAUGUUUUUCUAAAGAGUGCUUGAAAAGUUACAUGUGUUCUUCCAUUCAACUAAGUUAUACUUUGAAUAGACCCAUUGAAAUGAAUGAUUCUUAGUCAUAACCAUUGAUUGCUAGUUCAAAUCUAACCCAUUAUUAUGAUGCACCUUAAUAUAUACAUUAAUGUACACAAUAUGUAUGCAUUCCUCAAAAUAUGCAUUUUAUCAAUGCUUUUCAAUGCAUUUCCAAAUAAAAUACACAUGUUAUAUUAAAAUGCAUUUAAAGUGGGCCCCUUUGUGGCAAAACCACAUUACAAAAUCCAGAGAAGUUUGUGUUCCAAUCAGGAGUUGUGUUCUGAUCCACAAUUCAGUUUGGCACCACUGCCUUGAUAAGAGCACAUUUAUGUGAGCUUUGUUGUUCUUGAUGGGUUGAUGAGCCAUGCUUUUCUGAUAUUGUCCAUGUUUUUCCUGCCCAGGUAAUUGUCCUUCCAAUGGUAAGCAAGCAGCAUUAGUGAGUAAAAAUGUUUACUUAUCUUAUUGUUUGUUUUAGUAUGCCAUUUUAAAUCUUAACAGAAAGACAAAAUAAUGCAAUCUAUACUCAAACACAAUUAUGGAAAGAAAACAUUUUUUUUCUCAUUUCCCAUCACAGAUCGUUAAUACCCUGAUGCCACAUUUAUAGAAUAUUUUUGCCACUGUAGAAAGUUUGAUAGCACUCUUGAUGUCAAUGUCUGAUUUUUCUCUCCUUUUUUGUCAAAGAGAAAUGAUUGCCAUAAAGAGCCAGUUGGCUAUACAGAGAGUCAGGGAAAUGCAUCACUCCUUACUGGUUUUCUUGCUAUCUGUGCAAGCUUUUCACCAUAUCACUUUAUGUCCCAUUCUGUGCCCAGUAAGCACGGGCUGAAUCCCAUUGUACAGGUUUGGAGUGAUGCACACCCAGUGGAUCCACUCCAUCAACAUGGGGAUUGUGAAAUGGUGAACGGAUCCUGGGACCCAAUGCCAUGCCAUCCCUUGCCCUGCCUGCUGCUGUCAAUAAAGAAUUGGCCUGAUUUUAUCCCAUCAUUGUUGUACAGUCUGACUAUUUUGCUGCUCUCAUGGGUCACAUAAUGUUUCUGCCUGGGCAAAGAAUGAUUAAAAGAAACCAGCCACAAGAUAGAUCAUUCACACCUACUAUACGAUUAACUUUAAUCAAUAACGAGAGUUUUAAAUCUCAGAUAAUAUGUGUAUUAUAUAGCAGCUAUUUCAAUACUUCAAUUCUGACUGGAGAUUUUGUAAAUGAUAAGGUCUCCCUCUUCAACUUGCUGUGGACAUUUUGUGGGCCCCUUUUGUGGCAAAACCACAUUACAAAAUCCACAUUACAAAAUUUAGUCUUGCCAUAUUUCAAAAAGUAACAUUCCUGGUACCCCAGCCUCCCCCCCCCCCCAAUAAAUAAAUAAAUAAAUAAAUAUUUUUUUUAAAAAAACCCACAUUUCCAAGAGCCAAUUCUUUUUCUUUUAUCAGGGAAAGAAGGGGGGAUUCCUUGUUGAGGGUUCUGCCCCCUGCUUUGGGAGGGUGGGACUGAGGAGGUAAGUUCCUUUGGACCUGCUCCCGAGCAAGUAGACACAGGUGCCCUGUUCCCUUUUAGCUGGGCACCUCGUCUCCUGCUCUGCAUCCUGGAAAGGGGAGCAAUUUUCCUCUUUGAGGAAGCAGCUGCAGCAGCUUUGAGAAGGUGACACAGCAGCUCUCGAGGGGGAACAAUGGCAGGGGCAGGAUAACUGAGUCCUUUUCAUUUUCCUCCCUUGAGGCUGGCAGGAGCUCGGGGCUGCUCUCUCCCUCUUUCCACUGUCCUCUGUGCCCCCUACUCCUCAGUGUGGGCUGCUGCACGUGGGGAGGCAGGGGGCGCAAGCAUGCUUUGAGUAUCCCAUGUAAGGGGGGGGACAUUCCUUCUGCUGCUCAGGGGGGAUGACGACAGACAACAACAACAACAACAAGUACCGGAAAUUCCAGACAUCUCUUAAAAUUUAAAAAAUUCCUCCAGGGUGCCAUUUCCUUUCAUGUCCAGACUUGAUGUAUGGCAAGUCUAGCUUGAUUUAGGUAGGGCAAAUUUUGGCUUUGUGAGGGAAACCAAAUGAAGACUCCUUUUUCCUUUAUGAUCUAAUUCAGAUUACUCUUCUUUUUUUGGCAGGGCCAAAUUGGGGAAUUAUAUGUGGCGGUGUGGGUGGUAUCAUUCUGGUGUUGGUACUUUCGAUCUACCUUUUGGUCAAGAAAGGUGAGUGAUGGUAACUUGAAACUAUGAUAAUCUACCGCGAAAAGGGUUGAUUUUUCAAGUUUCAGCAAUGCAAGUCUCCAACCAAAAAUGUCAUUACUUUCUAUGUGUGUGUGCGCGUGUGUGUGUGUGUCUGCGCGCACAUGUGCAUGAGUAUGGGAGAAAUUGUGCACAAACAAGCAUAUGUAAGCAAAAAGAAAGUACAAAACUGAAUUCUAUUAGGGAAAAUAGUUUGCCUCCAUUUGGAGGACUGUGCAUUUAGAGGAGUGGCUUCAACUGUCACUCCUCCUUCAUUGAACUGCACCCUGACUUUACAAAAACGCCCCCCCCCCAGCAAUUUUUUGAUUGACUUGCCUAAGAUUCAGGACAAAGUGCCUUCUUUUGGAAAUUCCACCCGGACGUCAAUUCCGCCUUUGAAAUCCCAGUAAUGUUCAGGAAAAUCUGGACAUAUGGCAGCCCUAAUUUAUGACAGCUUCUUUGCCUCUUUUUUGUUUUGUUUUAGUGCCGUGUCUUCAGAGAUCUUCAAGGCAGGACAGAGCCAAUACUGAGCACAUUCCUUAUGAUUAUGUGUAAGAGUUUCAUUUCUUCAUUCACUUUAAUUGUAUGCCACUUCCCCCACACACACACUAAAUUAUGCUCAAAGCUGCUUAGAAACAAAGAAAAUGGGAAUAUAUUUCAAGCACUCCAAAAACAAGUUCAUAGUAACAUAGCAAAACGAUCUUUUCUCAUGCACCAUGUUCCUUGUUCAGCCCUAUUGUUGAGAAUGUGUGGGGUUUUGCUUCUUGUUUUUUACACAUUCCCUAAGCUGUUUUCCAGCAAGGUCCCUGCAUUUCCCCACUGCCACUGUUGGACAAAUAGCAGAGGGAUUUAGAUCAGAGACGUGGUACAGGGGAAGAAAAUACAUGAAUGAACUAACAAGAGCCUUCUGCUGUUGCCUAAACAAUUCUACUGCUGCUCCUAUCAGAUUUGAAGCUUCAUGUGACUAUUUAAACCAAGUUUAAAAAUUCAGAUCUCCUGCAUUUGUAUCAUUCAUGGUUGUGUGAAGGAAUGCAGAUCUCAUCCUUCUCAGAAAAGGCUUUCUGCCUACAGGAUCAGUAAAUAUGCAGCAUCACAAAUGCUUUUGUCUAUUGCUUUUCUUAGGGAAGAAACUGCAGUCAAGGACAACAGCAGAAACCUGGCCUCUGAAGAAGUUCAAUGUAAGAUAAUUCUUUUCUCCCUUUGGAUUGAGGGUCAUGACAACCACAAAGUCUAGCAGACAUUCAGAGGAUCUGCAGAAUGUUUAGCAGCUUUAUCUUUUUUGGUCUGAAUAGUUAAGUUUGCAGACUUUGCGACUGUGGAAAAAUGCUCUAAAAACGAGUAUAUACAUGUUUCUGCUGAAAAACUAGGAAGAGAGAUAUGCACUUCACCUAAUCAUGUGACUGUAAAAUGUGUUUGAAAUAUCUAAAAUGAAGGAUUAAGAACUUUGAAUUCAGGUGUAACUUUUUAGUAUUGUUAUACAUUCCCUUGGAGGUUUGUGCAUGAAAGGCAGAAUUUCGUUUUAGGAUACAAAUAUUAUGUUCUGGAACAUGAAAACCACAAAAUUAAUUAAGUUUUAAAAAUCCUUUAACUCUCCAAACCUAAUGGAAGAUACAAUGGUUUUAUUUUGUUAUGCAGCUGCAUUCCAAUGAGCUCAGAUGUAAACCCUUGUGUCUCCAGGAGAAAUUAGAUUUUUCUGCAGUUAAGUGAAGCUUCUGGUUCAUGCCUGCCUACAAAAAUUGUAACACAUUACUUGGUAGAAUGGGCUUAUUUAUAGAAGUUGUGGGCUGUGGGAGAGAGUGCUCUCGCUGUGGUUCCUCACCCACAUGACGCAUUGAACAAGCAUGGAUGCCCACAUAGCUAUUUUGGAAGGCUUCUCUCAAUGUAGCCUUACCAGAAUGGUUGAAUUUGAUUGCGAUACGCAUUUCUAGAGAGCUAUUUUUGCAGGCCUGUGUUAUACAACUGUUUCUGUUGCCCUCCCUGACCUCUUAGUCAGAUGCGUUCUCAGGAUAGCACAACCAUCCAGACACUGUUGGAUUAUAGCUCUCAUCAGACCCAGCCAAAAUGCUGGUCCUGACCCUUGCUGUCGGAUGAUGAACUCAAACUUUCUGUUUCUGUCAAACCCUUUAAUGCAUAGACCUGGGUGAUAUCCAGGCAAAGCAAGAGUAAAGGUACAGCAGGUGAAUUGUAUGGCUAAGUGUGAACUGAGACAUUGAUCCAAGGAGCUACACACACCCUGCCUCUUCCUUUUGAAGAGUAGGACAGAAACAAGUCUUGACAUAGCAAACAAGAGGUGUUUCUGCUCUGGAAAAGCAAAUUGGAAAAGCAAAUUGGCACUUUGGUGAGUGAAUGGGGCCUGUGAGGUGUGUUUGUGUCAGUGCUGGCAUUUCUGUGGUCACUCAGUAUCUGACUGAUUUUCAGACACCUUUCUCUGGAGAAGCUCAAUACUAGCAGAACAGACAGGAGGUGUCAGUGAUGGCAAUGGCCUUGAGGAGCUGCAUGGGCAUUGUUGUCUUUGAAGCAAAUGAUAGCUUCAGGAAAGAGCCUGAUGAUCAGGGAUGAACCACUCCUAAAAGGUUGAUACAUGUUACAAUUGUACGCAGAAGUACACAUACUUAUACACAUCUUUGAAGAUGUACUGUGUGAUUAGACUAACUGUGAAUUUGUCUUCAGAUGCCAAACUUACAGGACUCCUCCAAACAGCGGUGAGUAAAACAUCUCAGCCAAAUCUGGGGUUUAUAUAGUGCAUUACCCAGGGCUUUUCAGGGGUAGGGGGCUGCUCAGUACACUUGCCCCAGGACUCGGAGGGCUAAGCUGGCCAGGGGGAGGGGAGGCGGGGUGUCAGGGGUCCUCUGGACUUACACUGUCAUGCCAAGAACUUUAUUCUAACAAAACUCCCUCUCUGGGCCUCAGACAAGCUCUGCAUUGGCCUGUUAUUACCCAAGGAAGUGGACUAUUGUAGUUUGCCCCACUCACACUCCCUUUGGGUUCACCAAUGUACCAAGGACCCUGGAAUACUGUGUAAAACUACAAAUAUAUUCCAGAUAUUCUUUGGGUAGGUUAGCAGUUUUUUCUUGCCAUAACAACAAUUGGCCCCAAAUUACUUCUGCCAAACAGCCAAUAUCAGUAGGUAACUGUUAUUUUUUUGUUUUUCAAUUUCCAAGCCAUCACCAAUCCGAAAUAUAGAAACAACAGCCUAUGCAACUAUUACUCCAUUGCACAUGGAACCUGCCUGAGAGACCUCAAAGAUUUCACAUGCCGAUGCAGCAUCCUCACAAUGCACAACAAUUUACGGGAAUUGAUAAUAUGGAAGAAGUUUGAAAAUGCUAGAACAGGAGGAAUUUGGAAGCUUUACAGCUCCCAGAAGAUCUGAGAAGAUUUUCAUCCGAUUUUCUGUUUAUUUUAUUUACUCUUUCCUGCCUCUAACCAUGCAAAGAUCCUUUAUGUGUUUUCCUACUGUUAUAUGCACUUAACCUUCAAAUUCUACCAUAUCCUCCUGGUUGUGUCUGAUUGAAAUUUCACUGGUAAUGUCAAACAUUAAAUGAUGUAACCACAGGUAUAUGGAAUUAUGAAAGUGAUGUUCAUUCUGUUGUGUUAAUAAUGGUACACUUGUCUGUUCAACACAAUAAAAAUACCUGGGAAUUCAGCUUGCUGACAUCCUAGGCCUAUAAAUAUGGAUAUCAUAGAAAGCAUAGAAAUCGUGGCAAAUGUAUUUUGCCUAUUGGUUUGUUAUAUAGGAAGAUGAAGUAAUCAAUCUCUCCUUCACACAUGAGAAUGUUGGAGAUUAUCCUAUAUUCUAAAAUAGCAGUGUGGUCGAAGCCCAGGAUCUGUCCGGAUAAGAGAGUUUAGAGAGCCCUCAGCAGUUGUGCCUGCCCUGUGCAACACCCUCCCAUCGGAUGUCAAGGAAAUAAACAACUAUCUGACUUUAAGAAGACAUUUGAAGGCAGCUCUGUAUAGGGAUGUUUUAAAUGUUUCAUGUCGUGUUGUGUUUUAAUUUGUUGGAAGCCACCCAGAGUGGCUGGGGUAACUCUGUCAGAUGGGUGGCAUAUAAAUAUAUUAUAAUUAUUAUUGUUAUUAUUUUUGGAUUUUCCCAUCUGAGCCAUGGCAAUGCUGGUUAAGUUCCCUGUGCUGGCUGAGCUGGAGAUAUUUAUCAGCAUAAAUCCCUACUGGUGAAACAUAAGUCAGUGUAAGUGUAAAAAGGGGGUGGUAGGGACAUGAUGGGGCAAGGAGAGGUAUGCACUUAUUCCAAAUGCAAUAUAGCAUGAUCAUGUGACUUAGGGCCUAAUUCUCAAAACUUGGGCUCACACUCACUUGCCAGUUCAGGGAUAGGGGUUACAGACUGCAACAGCCCCUCCCCACUCCCAGCCUAACUGCUUUACUGCUGUUUAUGUGUGAACAGUUUCUGGUAGUCAUCCCACUGUAAUUCUCCCUAAAGGAUACUUUAUAGUGUUUGGGGUUCAAGAGGCUGAUUUCUGCUUCCCCACUGACAGCCUCAUGGACCUGGAAGCCAAUGAAUAGUCUCAGUUCUUAUUUCAUGUUUUAUCUAAAAUAUAUCCACUUCUGCAUACCUGGGAGGUCCCAGAGUGCGCUGAAGCCACUACCUUAAAUGUGGGUGCUCCUGUUUCACUUUCAAUUGUGUAGACUCAUGAAGUUUGAAAUUCAAAUACAAAAACAGUGAUAAUCCUUUAACAAGCAGAGUAGGAAAUGAGUCCAUUCUUAAUCUCAUAUAAAGUGGUUCUAGUAAUAUUUAUACACACACACACCAACAAUAUCCAACAAGUCGACAGGUCACAUAUAUAUUACAGCUGCCCAUAAUAAAUCUUACAUAAGCACAUAACAUAUCUGGAUUUUACCAGCUGUUUAUCGGAAAGCCUUGUUAGUUACUGGGUGCGCUGCAUGUCAUGUUACCAUUGAGCAAGGAUGAAGAAAAUAAAAGUUCUGAAGGAAACUUUGAGAACCAUGUGUCUGAAAGCUGGACAGUGAAAGGGGGAGUUACUGGAAAGUCUUACACCACAACAAAAGACAGUGUGUGUUUAGAAGCAGAGAUUUAAAUAUACUGGUAAACUAUAAGAGAGUGGCACAGUUAAAUCCGUCAUAUGGAUUUAAAUCAACCUUCUCAAACCUGAUACCCUUCAGAAGAUGUUGGACCCUGAAUUCUAACCAGUGGAGAGAGCCAAUAGGCUUCUCCACCAGCAGGAGACUACUGUAAGAGGUAUCCAUCAGUGGAUCUCAUUGGGGGCAGCAGAGCCAUCCUGCAAAGCCACCGCUUACCAGUUCAAGGGCUCAGGUGCUGUUCUACCUUGUAAGCAGCUGGUACACCUUGGACUGUGCCCACAUGUCCAUUGUACCUGCUCUAAAGAACCCUUUGGUGGUGGCACAAUGAGACAUACCUCCAGCAAGAAAGCCCAUGAGAACUUGACAUUGUGUGCUCUUGACAGAUGCCAUUUCUCAAUCUCAGGAUCUAAGAGUAAAUGUUGUUGUGUACAUCAAAUGUCUGUAGAUGUGUCAUGAAGGCUGCCAACAUUAACCCGGUCACAUGGGAAUCCCUUGCAGAUGACCUUAGUGCCUGGAGACAGACAGUCAGGUUGUACAUCUACAGCAGUGACCAGAAGAGGAAUAACCACUAGGAGGAGCACAGAGAGAAUAAACACCAUGGAGCCUCUACAGCAGCACAAUUGUAGGAAAACAUGUGUCUCUGGUAUCAGUUUCCACAGCCACAGCAGGCGCUGUAACUUUCCAACAGUUUGACCUCACCAUUGAAAGUGCACUCUUCCAUGUGGAUGCCAAUCACAUCAAAUUAUUGAGAAGAAAGAAACCAUAGCUGAGUAGAAAUAGAUUUGUAGCAAGCAAGGCAAUAAACAGGGCUAAGUUGCACAUUCACUGCAUUAAUUCAGAUUGCCUGGUCUAUCGUGAUUUAAAAUGAAUGAGCUGUGUGCCUGCUCAUGCUGUUGAAUCUCCUCCUUUAACGUUAGUAGCAUAAACAAAUCAGGAAAAGAUGGCAUCAGUUUGCAUGUUCUGAUUUAUACAUUACAUGUGGAUGCAAAUUUAGAAAUAAUUGCUAUAUUUUAAAUAGAAAUUCAACACAGCUCAUCAUAGAACGGAAGUCUGUGACCAGGAGCCUUGUGUGACUGUCGAGCUGUUGUCCUGACGCUAAUUGUUGCUGCAGUACUUCAAGGUCUCUGUUCUCCCUUAAGGUUAUCUUUAAACCAGACUUGGGGUAGAGAGCCGUUCAUAUAGGACUGUCCUUUCAAAUGAAGCCCUGUCAUCACUGCAUUAGCUCUACAAGUAUCGGUGGAGCUUAGUGUUUGCUUGGGACACUCCUUUAUCCUUUGGAGGCAGGUGCUGACUGUCACAGGGCCAUUAACCAUAGAGCAAAGUGUUGGCAGUUACUUAUCUUGAUGCAGAGCAGGAAAAUCAAAGUAAAUAAUUAACGUAACACAGGUCCACCUGAAGCGGGAGCAAGGUACAGGAACUGACGACAAAUCUCACAGUUUGCUACAAGGUAAGACAAAUAUUUCCAUAAUUACAUUUAAUUUUUUAGUUAUUGGAAUGUGUUUGUUUAAUGAUGGAUUGGUGGUCAGGUGAAAGGAGAGAAGCUUUUCCUUUACUUCCAUUCAGGAUAUAUAUAGGAUUAGUUUAUCUUCGUGUAGAAACUUUCAAGUCACAUUUGCAAAUAUACUUAUGAUAAUAAAUUUCAGGGGCUUCCAUGCAAAAUGUAAGUUUACAAAUAUAAAUGUGUGUGUGUUUGAAAGAAGAAUGAAAGUGACUUUCUCCUUUCUGCAGAGAUCCUUCCUAGCCACACAAGCCUGAAUACUCGUCAUUGCUUCUUUCAUUUGUAAUGGACAUAAAAUGGCUGCUUCUUUGCCACUCCCAUUUGACACUGGCUAGUGAUAUUUAUCCCUUGGCACACAGAGUUAGCUCUGCCAUGGGACGUCUCAGACUUUUUUCCACCAAGUUCCUGGUCUUCUGAGUCUGGGAUGUCAUUGACCAUCUCUCAACUUGAAGGGUUUGUCUUGCUUCUCAAGCUCUUCAGUUAAAUAUGGAUCUCCCAUAUAGUCAUUCAUUUCACUGCAUAUGCAUAACUAGCCAAUUCUAGACCCUUUCUACAAAACCUGUUUUUCACUUCAGAGGAUGCAGUUUCCCAUUAUGGGAAUAUUUCUUAUACCUCAAUAUGUUGUGUUGUGAAAAGCUCUGUAUCAACAUUUACAUGAGGAAAGUGGAUUAGUGAGUGGUGUAGGACAGAAACAGCAGUAACUGUGUGACAUACAUAGAUGGUGCUGCACAACACUAUUUACCUGUGACUUUAAAAAUUUAGUAUUGUGGUUUAACAAUAUUGGAACAGGGCAUCCGAUUUCCUGAAAUGCUGACAAGAUGUGGGGAAAAACAUCAUCCAUCCACUUACAAUAGAGACAGAGUAGAUGGCUUUUGAAUUCAUCUUUUUUACUACAGUAUAUAUGCAAUACAUUUCUUUUGUGGAGAAGGAGUAGAAGAAUAGACAAACAGGGAUGCUGGAUUGAAUGUAUACUAUAUAAGUAGCAAUCUUCUUUUCAAGCUGCUUCCAACUCUAGGGGAAAGUGAAGAAAGUCUUACCAGUAUUGUUGCCACUUUAUUUGUGUACCAUUUCCCCACAUACUUUGUGCUCAAAGCAGUACAGAUCAAAUGCAUAACCAAAAAAUCACUAUCCAUAUUAAUCCAUAAAAGCAAGUGAGCCCAGGCCAGAGAGUCCAUAUCAGAUUUCUGACAAAACUACCCAAUUGACUUGACAGAAUCAUUGAGGCAGCCCCUCCCCCAGUGUCCCUAGGGCUACUGUGUUCCUUGAGGAAAAUCAGAAACUGGGAUGCCCAGGCUAGGAAGCAUAGCAAAUCAGCUCCUGAUAGGUGGCCUGAGAAAACUACUGAGACAGCCCCUCAUUCACCUUCUCUGGGGCUAUUAAAGUCCCAUCUGCCCUGAGAGAUGGAAAGGAAGCCGAGGCCAGGAGCAAAUACCAUCAGUUGUCAGUCAACCUGAGAGGUCUCUGUCACUACAUUUGUGUUCUACUAUUUUAAAAUUGUAAACGACCUCAACUGCAUUGACUGAAAAGUGGUGUGAAAUAAAUGCAAUAAAUAUAUAAAUAUAAUAAGUUCAAAACAAGAUAAUCAGAAUAACAAAAAUACAGCAUAAUAGAAAAAUAAACUUCAAAAAUAGCUUGGCUACCAGGAAGAACAAAACAAAACACUGUUUUGAAUAUGACCCUCUGACCCACUUGCAAAAGAAGAUACAGAUUUGCAUAAUAUACCGUAUUUUUUGCACCAUAACACUCACUUUUUUCCUCCUAGAAAGUAAGGGGAAAUGUCUGUGCGUGUUAUGGAGCGAAUGCCUGCGGGUGGCGGGGGGGAUCUGCUGCAGUCGUGAGCAGAGGAUCCAUGGUUCCCCUUCCUUCCCUCCUCCAUGGUUACAAAGCAUGGAUCCACAUGGAUCCUCAGGAUUUUUGCAUUGGGCUACUCCAAACUCACUGUCAGAUCACAUGUCUGUGGCCACAGCAUGAACCACAAAAAUCAUAUAUCCACUAUUUCGUUUAGAAUAUAUAUUUUUUGUUUUCCUCCUCUAAAAACUACGUGCGUAUUAUGGUCUGGUGCGUGUUAUAGAGCGGAAAAUAUGGGUAUACCAUUCUUGGUAUAUAUAGCAUAAAUAAAGUUUUAACAAAGCCAAAGUACAUUACAUGAAGAUUAAUGUACAAAGAUGCCUAUAUUUAUUUAAAUAAAGUAGACAGAACUGUUGACAGUAAUUAAUAAAUGGUGACCAGUGGAUCUUACAAUUUUAUAUUUGAUUUCUUUCUUCCAACAAUUGUACAGGUAUAGUCCUAUUCUUCAGAUCUUUGACCCAUGUCUUUCUCAUCAACAACUGUUUGCAUCUUGAUCUUUCUGCAAAUCUCCCAUGUGCUAACUGUAGGUAAGCAAGCUACUUUUGUAAGGUUUACUGCAGUGAGCAGUUCAGCUCUGAGGUAAUGCUUGUGUGUAAAGCACUGGUCUUCAACUGGUGGCUCAGAACCCAGUAAUAGGUACUCCCACCAUGCAAAUCUGUGAUAAAAGACUAAGAAAUGAAUCUCCAAAUGCAUGUUUGGGUUAAAAGUAGGUUCUGGGUCGAAAAAUGUUGAAGAUAACUGGUGCAAAUUACAGCUGAGCAAAACAUGCUUCUUAGAAUCAUAGAAUCCAAGAGUUGGAAGGGACUCCAAAGGUCAUCUAGUCCAACCUCUUGCAAUGUAGGAACCUCUCCUAAAACAUCAGUGACACAUGGACAUCCAACCUCUGCUUAGAAACCUCCAAUAAAGGAGAGUCCACCACUUUCCAAGGGAAUCUGUUCCACUGUUGAACAACUCUUACUGUCCUGAAGUUCAUCAGUAUUCUGCAGAAUAGAGUGGGGCUAUUGCUUCUCUUCCUCAGAACAUUAUACAGUGGAAGCUCGGGUUGCGAACGUGAUCCGUGUGGGAGGCAAGUUUGCAACCUGCAGCAUUCACAACCCGCAACACUGCGUUUGCGCAUGCACGGGUCAUGGUUUGGCGCUUCUACGUAUGCACAAGUGCCGAAACCUGGAAGUAACCCUUUCCGGUAUUUCUGGGUUGCAGUGUGCAACCCGAAAACACACAACCUGAAGUGUCUGUAACCCGAGAUAUGACUGUAUUUCAGUUGAUGCAACCUAGAAUAGCAAUAGCUUUUUUGCUACAGCAUGACAAUGUUGACUCAUGUUCAGAUUGUGGUCCACUAAAACCCCUAGAUCCUUUUCAAAUGUACUAUUGGCAAGCUGGUUUUUCCUGCCUGAGUGCAGAAUCUUACACUUCUUACAUGGGUGCCAUAUCUUCCCACCCCCAAAAAAGAAUUCCACGGAGGAAUCACUGCCAGUAGUGGUCAAUUUAAGGUGAACUUUUGAUUAUUAUUUUUAUUCCCCAAAGGUCAAUUUGCGAUCAUUCCACCCGAAAACCCUAUAGUUGGUUUCCUUGGAAAAGAAGUGCUCCUGCCAUGUCAAUUAACAACUUCAAGCAUACCAGAAAGCACCAGCAUGCAGGUCCAGUGGAUCUUGGAUAAAUCCUCAGAAAAAAUUGACGUGAAAUCCUAUUAUGGUCGAAACAGGCCAGAAACACAGGAUAACAGAUACCGAGGUCGAGCUGAGCUUUCCCAUACUGAUCUUAAUAAAGGAAACAUGUCUUUGAUUCUGAAGAAAACCCAUCUGUCUGACCAAGGAAAUUACACCUGUAUGGUCUUCCUUGGAGACUGGUAUGAGGAGGUGGUGGUUGAGUUGGUUUUGGCAGGUGAGUUUAUUCUUAUUAAUCUUAUUAUUAGGGCUGCCAAACUUCUGGGGCUGACCUGGAGUCUCUAGGUUUGCCUGCCCCACUCCAGGGUGCAGAAAGAGGACUUGAAUCUCCAGGUAAGCAAGAGCACCUUUGGGGGAAUACCAUGUUUUUAGAAGACUCUGCAUCAAGCUUACAGGCUUCAAGCCCACAGAAGCCAAUUGCUUUUUUUUUUUUUUUGCAUAUGUGGUGUGUGUGUCUGCCACUUAACCACCUUCUUCAGGGCUCUGUGGUGGGAGGGAGAGCAGAGGAAGAAAAGGAAGUGGGCAGGGUUCUAGCAGAGGAUGGGGUUAAGAGUAUGCAUGGACACUUGGCACAAGAUGCAUGGCUGCAGAAGAGAGAGGAGCACAUGAAGAAUAGCAGCAGCAGCCAAGCCUUGCUGCCUCCACCACCUACAUCUAACUCCUGGAUGUUCUUCUUGAACAAGUCUGAGGAGGCAGGGACACUGCCAGGUGCUGUGGACCUUAUUAAGCACACAUUUUCAGAAAUACAAGUUGUCAAACCUAAAACUGUAGAACCCAGGUCAGUAACUCAUUCAUUCAGACUUCUCCAUCUCUUCGCAGCCAUGAGCGUUACUCACAGGACCAAUCGUCCUGUAGUUCAACAAUACAAUACAAUACAAUACAAUACAAUACAAAAAAAGGAAUUUUGAAUGGUAGCUUGGCACAAAAUUUGUACUGUAAGAACUGACUGUAAUAAAGUAUCAUUCCUGGUGUUUGGUCAGAGUGCAGAAACUCUAGAUAGGUUCUAUUAUAUUUGGAAUGAUGGAGAAUUAAUAUGUGGUGUUCUUCUUGUGCAGCAAAAGGAACAGAGCCCACCAUUGCCUUGGUGGAUUAUAAAGGCUGGGGGAUUGGCCUCACCUGCCGCUCCAACGGUUGGUACCCAAAGCCCAAGGCUUUCUGGCUGGUCAGUGAAGGGAAAGUUCGAAGUAAACAGUCAGACACUACAAUCACAGAGACCAAGGCAGGGAACUUCAGUGUUUCCAGUUCCAUUACAACAGAAUCAGGAGUUGACCAUGAAGUCUCUUGCAAAAUCAUCAACGAACUGCUAGGGAUGGAGAGCGAAUCGAGAAUCCUGAUUUCUGGUGAGUAGGGGUGAAGCAAAAGGGCCAAGAGGUUAAAGGUUUUCAAUGUGUUUUUAGUACAAGGGACGCGGGUGGCGCUGCGGGUUAAACCUCAGCACCUAGGACUUGCCGAUUGCAUGGUCGGCGGUUCGAAUCCCCGCGGUGGGGUGCGCUCUCGUUGCUCGGUCCCAGCGCCUGCCAACCUAGCAGUUCGAAAGCACCCCCGGGUGCAAGUAGAUAAAUAGGGACCGCUUACUAGCGGGAAGGUAAACGGCGUUUCCGUGUGCGGCUCUGGCUCGCCAGAGUAGCUUCGUCACGCUGGCCACGUGACCCGGAAGUGUCUGCGGACAGCGCUGGCUCCCGGCCUCUAGAGUGAGAUGAGCGCACAACCCUAGAGUCUGUCAAGACUGGCCCGUACGGGCAGGGGUACCUUUACCUUUACCUUACCUUUACUAUAUAGGAAGAGAGAGGUUUGGGAAAUUAAUUCAAUUUUAAUGCGUCUGAAGUACACAAGGCUCUUUGUUUGAACAGAUUAUCCAGAUUAUCCAGAACUGUAGUUCUGCUCAGCAGCAUUUCAUCAGUUAUAAUCUGGGGUAAUGGCUAAAGUGUCUGCUGGUUCCCAUAUUCACUAUUCACCAGAGAGGCAGGCAGGUCACAGCUGAAGCACCCCUAUUGCCACAACUCCAGCUCAAUUCCUCCCAAAAUGGGAAGUUCAGGAGAAUUUGGGGCAAUGGAGGUGAGUGGCAAAGUCAGACUCUGGUUAGUUUUGCAACUUGAAACCGGUUGGGUUAGUUUUGCUGUAACUGAGAUUUUAAUGUGUGUUUCAGAUGCCCUUUACCCUGCCACUUCCCCUUGGCUAGCACCCUUCCUAAUCAUUCUGUUGAUUUUCAUCUGCCUUCUUGCUGGUGCUGGGUACAAAGUCAGACGUAAGUAUUAAAUCUGUCAUUUUCAUAAUCCCAUUAAACUGUAGAUGUGAACUGUUACAGAAACUUUCUGGUUUUUUGUACCCUUGUUUAUUAAAAUGAGUGGUGUGUUCUUAGAUAUAGAGAAGAAAUAGGGUACAUACCAGUUAAAUCAAUACGUAUUUACUACAGCCAGUAAUUGCUCCUUAAACUGCUUUAAAAUGAGCAUAGUUUAAAAGCUGCUUCAGGCAAUCAGAGUCACUUCCCCAACAGAUACCGUAGUUGGCAAAUUUAGUGCAGUUUACAUUUUAAUGUGGUUCUACCUAUGUUGGACUCAGCAAACCAGGACGCGAACCAAAAUGCAAAUUUAUUGAAUUUUGUGAUUCAUUUUUUCAACCUGAAAUACAUUAGGGGAAAGUAUACACAAAAAAUGCAUAUACAGUGGUACCUUGGGUUACAAACUUAAUUUGUUCCAGAGGUCCAUUCUUAACCCAAAACCGUUCUUAACCUGAGGCGCACUAUCACUAAUGGGGCUUCCCACUGCUGCCGUGCGAUUUCCGUUCUCAUCCUGGGGCAAAGUUCUCAACCCGAGGUACUACUUCCAGGUUAGCGGAGUUUGUAACCUGAAGUGUUUGUAACCUGAAGCGUUUGUAACCCAAGGUACCACUGUAUUAGUGAAAAUAAUGCAUCAUAUUAAAAGAAAUAGCCUUCCGAGAUGUGUGUAUUAAGAGAAAUAAGGACUGUCAGAUAAAUAAAUUGUCUGAUUUCUAUAAUUUGCUAUAUUUAUUUCAGAGAAUUACCAGAAGUUAUCUCAGUAUGGUGAGUAACUGACAAUGACAUAUUUUAUACAUAUCAUUUAUGUAAGGGAUGGGGAGUUCACUACAAUGUUAUUGCGAGAGGUAUAAAGAAUCAUAAUCAAAUUCCCUGGCGCAUCUAUUUUUCUUUCCUUGGAUGAAAACAAAUUCCACCUCUACAGAGCAUCAAGCCCUAUUAUUCAACUAUGACUAACCAUGGAAUAUUCUGUUAUUUAGCUUUUCUGGGGUUUCAUUUGCCUUUUAAAAUGAUUAUUUGUUGAUUUAAAAUUGUAUUCAUAUUUUCUGUAAAUUAGUUAUAUUCACACUUUUGCUAUCUGAUCUUCUGAUGACGGGCAGUCAAGAUACAUUUUGAGUAUCAAAGAUGUCUCUAAGUGAUGGACAAUUAAAAUCAUACCCUCCAACAUUUCUCUGAUGAAAAUAGGGAUGUCCCAUUCCAUAAUGAUAAUUUUACUAUUUAUACCCCAGACACUCUGAGCAGCUUCCAACAUAUAUAAAAACACAAUUAAAAAAUUAAACAUUAAAAAAAAAACAACUAUACAGGAUUGCCUUCAGACAGCUUGGGAGUCAAAUAACUCCAAACCCUCUAACAUUUCUCCAAUGAAAAUGGGGACAACCUAAGGAAAAGUGGGACACUCUGAGAUCAAAUCAGAAACUGGGACGACUUCUCUAAAUCAGGGGCGUCCUUGGAAAACAGGGUCUGGUAGAUGAAGUCAUGCUCAGACAUCAUCUUCCUGCUGAGAGCUGUAGGACCAAUUGAAAUAAGAUCGCUGAUUAUAGUGAGUCUAAUUUGAUUAUGAUUUGUUAGAUGUAACCAAGAAGUGGGGGAAUCCACAAUGGCUACAAUUAAUUUCUGGUUGUUUUGGAGAGAAGCAUUAAAUGCAUGCUUUCUGUUUCUGGAGAUGACACCUGCCUUAAAUAUUGCCACUUGAAUCCCUGGUGACUGGUGGCUAGGAGUGCCUUUUAUCACCUUGGGCAGGUGCCACAGCUAAAAUCAUUCCUGAACUGUGAUAGCUUGACCACAAGAGAUCAGUCAUUGGAAAUGCCAAGACCCUAGUAAUUCAUUCUAUACAGGACUUCUCUUGUGGUUGAUCUGGAAACUGCAGUCAGUGCAGAAUGCUGCAAUACUGGCUGCACUGGCUGCAACUUUGUUACUAAGCUAAGUUGAAGGUAUUACUAUUAGUAUGAAAAGCCAUUAACAAUUUGGAACCACUUUACAUGCCAAUUUGAAUGUUUCAGUCCGCAGAACCUACACUUUUACAGGUGCCACAAACUUCUUUAUUUCAGCAAGUCUCCCCAGAUAUAUAUUUACGUAGUUAUCUAUGCUCUGUUUCAGUGAUAUUUAUCUUUUGUAUACUUUUUAAUCAGUCUUGUGGGUUUUAACUGAGUUUAGCUGAGUUUUACCAAUUGUUUCAGUGUGUGCAUCACUUUAAAAGCUUUAUGAUUAAGUGGUCUGCACAUCUUUCUAAACAGAUACAGUGCAGCAUAUAAUGCUCAGUAAAUAAAUGAAUAAUGUUGCAAUGCAUCUUGUUUUCUGCAGAAAUACAGAUGAAUGAAGCACAAGCAGGUAAAUGCCUCUAAGAGAGAUGCACAUCUUCUAUAGUAGUGUUCCAUAAUUGUUUAUAUUUUUAGCAUAUGCCUCCCCCAUCAGUAUUGUUUUCAGGGUGACUAACAGUAACACUUUUUUAAAAUCCCAAUAAAGAGGAGCAGGAGAAAGAUAGCAAAAUUUUAACCACAAUAAAUGAGUGAGCCCCAGAAUUUUUAAAUAAAUAAAUAAACGCUCUUAUUACCUGGAAAAACUUAAUGUGCUGGAAUAGCUAUAUGAGUGGAUGGUCAUACAGUAGCCUUGGUGACUGAAACUAUUCAUAGUAGAGGUUGGGUUGAGUUGAGCAAGGAAGAAAUAAUCCUGUCACAUCCUCAAGAUACCUUGUCAAGCUAAUGCUUUAUAUACCAUAACUUGUAUUAUUAAUAGUAGUUGUGUUGGCAAUAGUAACUAACAGGCAGAGUAGUAGAAGGGACUCUCCCCACAAAAGAUACCCCUUUAGCUAUAUUUGUGGAAGUAAAUUCUUGAUUAAUCAUACUUACAUGUAUGUAUAGAGUGUGUAUGACUAACAUUUUGCUAUCACUCUUUUCAGACCGAAAUCAUGUAACCGAAGCAAUAGGUAAGAUCAGAUUGUUUCCCUUUUCUCAAGCUCCCUUUUAUAUAUAGGAAGGAUUUCUUCUAUCCUUGCAAGAUUUCAAAAGCCCAAUUUUCUGCAGUAUAGGUUCAUCGAUCCAUCUCCUGUCUAGGCAUUUCAUAUUGCUAUGAUGUUUUAUUCCUGGAACCAUGUUCAAAUUGACAAGCGCAAGAGGCAUUUCAAACUGAAGGCAUUCCAUAAUGCUGACAACUUGGAGUUGGGCUGAUAAGGGUCUUCCAGAUAUAUCAAGAAAGGAAAGGAUGAACUAGAUCCAUUAGCUAGAGAAGAGGAAGCCAAGGAGAAGGAGAUAUGUAAUCAUGUUUAUAUGUUGGGGGGGGUAAAAAUAGGAAGAAUAAUAUAUGUAUUCUUCUGGUUUAAACGUGUGACUUAUAAUGUACCAGGAAUUCAAGCGGUAAAACAUUGUGGGUAAGCCCUGCCACUGCCUAUGUAUGGUCACAACUGAAGCAUUGACUGGCUCCAGUAAUUUUCACGGUAGAUCUGCCAAAAGCCACCUUCUGCCUCCUGCUUUUUUCAGAUCCACUGUUAGAUAGAACUCUCUCAUGCAGAAGCUAAGUCAGGAAGAGCUGUUUCCACCCCAGCAGGAUUGCAGCCCAAUUUCUCUCCCCACUGCCUCCCCCCUCUGCCCAUGGCUACAGCUUGGCUGGUGAACUGAAGUGGUCAUCACUUUCCUCUCUCUCCCAUGUGAGCCUCUGGGCAGACCCAUAACAUGCCUUUUGGAGCACAGCCAAUGGAGCACAGCCAGUGCUUCCAGAGGGAAUAACAGCUGCCAAAUUACAGGCAAAGAGGUCCAAGAUUUUGUUUUGAUUUUGUUUUUGUUUUUUGUCCUCUGUGCUCGGUGUAAAACUUCUACUUUGCUUAUUUCCCCUUUUGGUCUUUAACCUUUAUUUUUGGAAGAAUUGGAUGAAAUUGUCAGGCAUGUUUUUUUUUUCCCCAUUCAGUGGGAAUGAAUCCUUCCAAAAUUAAAAAGAAUACCUGCUGCAAAGUUUCUGUAGACUUUCCAUUUGAGGUAGCUAACAAUAAGCCACAUAAAUUGCCUUGUUGUUUUACAGUCAUAUAUGAAAACAGUGUAUAUGAGAGAAGUUCUUCUGGGAAAGAAAUCUUCCAAAUUAUGGACAAAUAAGUGUAGGGUUGUUUUGUGCUGGGCACAAACCAAAUUAAAAGAAAUUUGCUUCCCUGUCUGUGGUUUUGAGAGCAGUGAUGUUAGUAUGAGAAUAGCACACAUCAUACAGGUAUCCAUAGGAAAGUAACCUGCACAAUUGCAGGAGGACAGAGGCUAUGAAAUUAUGAUGAAUGGAGGGUGGGCUGCUUCAGGCCAGUGUUCUGCUCAAAUUAAACCAAGUAUCCCAGGAACUGAAGGAAAAGCUGGGUAUAUGUGUGCUAAGAUUUACUCUUUUUCAUUUAUUGUUGUAGAAACUGAGAAACGCACAGGACAAGCAAGUGAGUGUCCUUUGAAUGAAUAACUAGCCACAAAGUGCCCAUAGUCUUUGAUAAACUGCAAGCUUCUUUCCUGCACUUAUGUGAGCCUUUCUUACCAGCUCCUUGAUACACAACCAAAGGCCAGCAGCAGACUUGGGUUGGCACUGAGAGAGCCCUUGGGGUUUCUCUCUCUUCCCGAUCUCCAGAUAGGCAUUUGGGAGGAAGGGUUGGAUAUACAUCUCAAAAUGACUCUGUGACCUGAAAAUAGAGACAAUGCACCUACUUUUAUAACCCAAGAAAAUCUUUAAUAAAAAUUAUUUUCAAAAUAGAAAAUAAAAAUAAUAAAUUUAAAUAAUAAAAAUUAUUUAAAAAAUAGAAAAUGAAAUAAACAAAUCCAUGUACCUAGUAGAAUAAAGAGCAUGGGGAACAAGCCCACCUAUUGAUUGCUAAAGAAAUAACUUUACUGGAUGUUGUGCUGAUGAAUCAUUCAUUGUUCUUGGGGCAGUGAAAUAACUCAUUAUCAUAAAAGUUUAUAUGUGAUAAUAACAGCUUUCAUGAUACACAUAGGAGGGACAUGGCUGCAGUGGGGAAGGAGGAGAUGAACAGCCAGCAGUGGUGAGGACCAGGGGGUGGAUGCCUGGCAGUGGCAAGGAACAAGGGGUCAUGGGGGGUCACAGGGAGCAGCACUGUGGGUUUUGCAUCUAGUAUGCACUGAAAGCAACAUAGGACCUAUAUGGAUUUUCAGUUGUGUAGCUUGACCUCACAUCUUAGUCAUUCGCCUCUUCUCGUUCAUUUUCUUAACUCUUCAUUGUUCUAAUUCAAGUCAUUCUUUUAUAGGUGUUUGUGAAUUGGAACGCCGUGUUGGUGAGACAAAAUUUGAUGUAUGGAUUUGGAGGCAGGGAUUAGGGAUUGAAUUAAUAAGGAAGGAGUAGGAUGGUGGCAUGCAUUUUGGUAGGAGAAAGUACUGUAUUUUGCAAUUUGGAUCAGAAUUAUUUUUUGCUAACAUUUAUUUCAUGUAUAGUUAGUACUAUAUAGAAUUCCAAAUAUAUAAUAGUAUUAUGAGUUUAUCCUGCAAUAUAUUUUGCUUAGGUUGGAUCCAGAUUAGGUUAGUUGCACUUAGUCCACCUUUAAAUCAAUGGGACAAAUAGGUCACCAUGACUAAUUUCUUACUUUAAUUUCAAUAGGACCUAAGUGUGACCAAGGUCACAUCUGCACCAUACAUUUAAAACAAUAUUAUACCACUUUAUCAGUAAUGGCUUUCCCCAAAGCAUCUUGGAACUGUUACUUGUUAAGGGUGCUUGGAGUUGUGAGGAAACACGCACAGCCACUAUUCCUUUAAAGCCCUAAACUGCCUUGGUCCUGUAUACCUGAAGGAGCGUCUCCACCCCCACCGUUCAGCCCGGACACUGAGGUUCAGUGCCGAGGGCCUUCUGGCGGUUCCCUCAAUGCGAAAAGUGAGGUUACAGGGAACCAAACAGAGGGCCUUCUCAGUAGUGGGGCCCGCCCUGUGGAAUGCCCUCCCAUCAGAUGUCAAGGAAAUAAGCAGCUAUCCUAUUUUUAAAAGACAUCGGAAGGCAGCCCUGUUUAGGGAAGUUUUACAUGUUUAAUGCUUUAUUGUUUUUAACACUUGAUUGGGAGCCGCCCAGAGUGGCUGCGGAAAUUCAGCCAGAUGGGCGGGGUAUAAAUAAUAAAUUAUUAUUAUUAUUAUUAUUAUUAUUAUUAUUACCCCCCUCACAGAGCUGCACUUUCCAGAGGAUUGAUGGUUAAACCACCGUGGGAAUUAUAGCUCUAUAAGGCAUCUCCUAACAGCUCUCAGCAUCCUUAACAAACUGCAGUUCCCAGGAUGCUUUAGGGGUAGUCAUGGAAUAAUAAUGCUAUAAAUAUAAGUUGAGGAUGUGGACUAAGUUUGUCAUGAUGCACAACCCCAUAUAUUUUGACAAUGAUAUCACUAAUUGGAAUAUUCUUUCACUUCAGGUCAAAUCUUCAAUGAGCUGGGUAAGGCAGAUGGCUUUUGAUGAGGCAAUGAUUGUUCUGAACUGAAGUAUUGUUUUCUAGUAUGUUAAUUGGGUCUAAAUCACUUUAUUCAAUUCUGGGUUGUUCACUUGUUUCAUAGAUAUUUCUCUGUUCUCUAUGAUUGAUAAAUUUUCUCUUCUGUUUGUAGAGGUUAGAAGAGCUCAGCAAUACGCAGGUAAGGAAACUGUCCUAAUUAGGCUUAAUGUAUGGAUGUGCAUACAUGACUCAAAUGUCAUCACUCAGUGACUUUUCACGUGGUCCUUUUUCAUAUGAAAACAUCACAGUAGCAAUGGAUUAAUUCAAUUUGUGCUUUCAUAGUUUUAAUGAAUUCUGAGGCAAUCAGAAUUCAACAUCGGGGCGGCUAAAACUGUCCUAUCCUUGCUCCAGUUGUAUGAAAGUGCAGAGGUGACAUGGACCAGAGAGGAAUGGAGCUAACAGAUUUCAUUAGGAUUGCACUUUGUAUUUGGCUGUCUGUAUAGAAAAGUCAGCACUGGAGCUCUUUCUCAUGUGUAUUAUUAUUAAUUAAUCUCAAAAGAGCCCCGGGCAGAAAACAAAUACACAAUGUAAAAUUAAAAACAAAACAAAAACAUUCUGAAACAGGGGAAGGUGUGAUGACGACACCUCUACAGCCAUGUCUUCUUAUUGUACUGAGUUCCUACACAAAUGUGUUGGCAUUUCUAUAUAGACAAACAAAUUCAGUUUCUGUAUCCAAGUUGUGCAGUAACUAUAAUUGGUCAGCUAUGAAAUAAAAUGUGUUUUCUACGGCAGAUUGAAACAUCUACUACUCCUGAACUAAACAUGGUUUCCUUUCUCCCUCUGAUUGCUUCCCUUAUAGUUGCUGUCACUUUGGAUUCAUAUUAUAAACAUCCAGAAAUCAGCAGGAGUGAAGAUAAAAAAAGAGCCAGCCUUCAACCUCUCACCCCAGGGAAAGAAGAAACUGCUCUGGGAACUUGGAUUUUUGUGGGGAAAGAAGGUUAUGCUGCUGGGAAACACUACUGGGAGGUGGAGGUAGGAGAGAGGUUGGACUGGGAGCUGGGGGUGCUGACUCAGGCUGAAAGGGACAAAUUCCAAGAGAAAAAGGUUGUUAAGUCCUUUCAGGAAGGCUGCUGGGCUCUCAAAAGCAGCCAAGGAAAAUUCUUUUCCAGUCCAUGUGAGAAAGAGAUUGAAAAGAAGCAAAAUGUGUCUUAUUCAGUGAUUGGUUUGUUACUGGAUCAAGAAAAAUGGGAAAUGUCAUUUUAUAACUCCAGAGGUGGCUGUUUCCUUAUGGAUUCUAUCCCCAUUAAAUCCAGGGACACAUUGUACCCAUUUUUAGAUUGUGGCAAUGCUUCAGAAAACAGUGGUCCGAAGUCGUUAAAGAAAAGCAAUGCUUCAGAAAACAGUGGUCCAAAGCCAUCAGAGAAAAGCAAUGCUUCAGAAAACAGUGGUCCAAAGCCAUCAGAGAAAAGCAAUGCUUCAGAAAACAGUGGUCCCAAGUCAUUAAAGAAAAGCAUUUCAAACUUUGUAAAGAAACACUUAUAG